AGAAGGAAAAAAGUAAAAUAAGAAGAGACAUAAGUUACGUGUCUUUGGCAAAGUUUUCUGGACGUGCGUGGUCAUUGAUUUUGAUGUGAUCUAUCCGUGUUAUAAUAUUAGUAUUUUUGAAAGCCUACCUGUUGAAAUUGUUUUCGAGGACGAACUGUUAGAAUUUCCACUACCGAAUACGUCGGGAAGUCCUACAGUGUUUCGGAUUCCAGCACGAUCCGAGAUUUUUCGCUUAACUAUAUAGGUCCAGCCUGUGAAACCAGAAUUUUCCGGUGAGCUCGACGAUGGAGUCGUAUCAUCCCGCUGACACAAAGCUUGAAGAUCUUCCAGAGGACGUUCUGUGCAGGAUACUUUCGUGCUUGUGCAUGAGGGACGCGGCUCGUGUGUCCUCCUCGUGUUCCGUCUUCCUACGGGCUUGGGGGAGGUACCCUCGUCUAACCUUCGACGAGGAUACGCUCCGUCUCAGACGACAGCACCCGGAACCGGAAGCAGCCGCUCCUCAUGAAGCCGGCGAGGACAACCUGAUGCCUCCCCCAAUCAUACUCGGACAGCAGCAGCAGCAAGACGACGUGCUCGUUGCGCUGCGGGAGCGAGACGAGCUCGCGAGGGGCUUUGUGCGCCACGUGGAUGCCGUCAUGUCGCGACGCCGCAGCGACGCGGCACUGGAUGCGCUGACCAUCAAGUUGGCCUACCUGCGGGAGCAGGACGCUCCCUGCGUCGACCGCUGGGUGCGCCUCGCCCUGACGUCGACGACCACCAGGCGCCUCAGGCUCGACUUCCUCCCGCACGGCUGCUACAACCCGGACAGGCUCCGGUACGAGCUACCCUGCUCGCUCCUCUCCGCCGGGACGGCAGCGGCCGGCGCGCUGGAGCACCUCUACCUCCGGAUGGGAAGCAUACGGGCCCCCAUGCCGGAGCUGGCCAGCUUGGUGACCCUGGUUCUGUCGAGGGUGCGCGUCACCGGGGAGGACCUUGGGCACUUGCUCUACUCGUGCCACAGACUGCAGAGCCUCAAGCUCAAGCGCUGCGAGGACCUGGCGUACCUCAAGGUGCCGCCUGAUCGUCUGAAGCAACUGAGGACUCUUGUGGUGAAAAGCUGCUGGUCGAUGAGGGAGAUGGACAUAUCGGGCUCCUCCGUCGAGUCCCUGCGGUUUGAAGGCCGACACAUGCCGGGAACCCUGCUUUGUGGGUCAGUUGGACCCGCCCUCAGGGUGACAAGUGCGGAGUUUGACCUCGAGCAACUGAUUGCCCCCGCCGAAUCUGAAGCCACCGAGUCAUCGCGGCUUCAGCUGUUAAGCCUAGCGCACCUCAUGCCGCGCCUGGAGACCUUAUCCUUGACCUUAGUACGCCACAUCAAGGUAGUUAUGACUUCCCCACACAGCAGCGGCAACAGGUUCCGUCAUCUGAAGCGUGUGAAACUCGAAUUCUACAUGCCGGGGCGAGAUGGAAGAGACGAUUUUCUCUUCCUCUAUUCAUUUCUCGACUCAGCGCCGAUAAUGGAAGCGCUUUCGUUGGAUGUGAUGCGUGGUGCACCGGUUUUCGACGCGAGACGAUAUAGACGACAGCAGCAGCAGCAGCAGCCAGCGGGUGGCUAUUUCAGGAAGCACCAAGGGCUCCCGCACCAUAGCCUAAAGGAUGUCGUCAUCACCGGGUUCGAUGCAGACCUUGCUUCCCUAGAGCUCGCGCUCCACAUCCUAGACAGGGCGUGCGUGCUUCGCUGUAUGUCGCUGGAGACGAUAUGGAGCCGUGACGACGAUGACGACUCGUUUCAGAUACGCCUUAUUCGGGAGGCCGUUUCCAAGUAUAUCGCCCCGGCGGUGCCAUCGGGAUCUGGCAUACUGCUACAAGUCAAGUGAGGUGGUGUUUAAAACAGAACGUAAUAAAUCUUCUGGUCCUGAUGGCUUCACUUUUGAGUUUUAUCAUCACUUUUGGGAUUUGGUUAAAUAUGAUUUAAAAUCUC